UCCCCCCACCCGGUUCUGAACUUCUAUCCUCCCGCAACUCCGCAGUCCGCACCCGCCAGGCCGCCACCACCACCACCUCCGACGCCGCCUCCUCGUCCUCUUCCGCCUGAACCCUAGCCUCGCAUCGACCGCCGCCACCGCUCCUCCCCGGAAGCUGCAGUGCGGCUUAGCGGCCGCGAUGGACGGGUCCGGUUCGGCCGCCAUCUUCCCGAACACGCGCACCCCCGAGGAUGUCUUCACGGAUUUCCGCGCCCGCCGUGCCGGCAUUCUCAAGGCACUCACCACCGAUGUGGAGAAGUUCUACAAGUUGUGCGACCCAGAGAAGGAGAACUUGUGCCUCUAUGGACUAUCUAAUGAAACCUGGGAAGUGACCGUUCCUGCUGAGGAAGUUCCUCCAGAACUACCAGAGCCCGCACUGGGAAUAAACUUUGCUCGUGAUGGAAUGCCAGAGAAAGAUUGGCUCUCGCUGGUAGCUGUGCACAGUGAUGCAUGGUUGAUUGCUGUGGCAUUUUACUUUGGGGCUCGCUUCGGAUUUGAUAAAGAUGCCAGGAGACGGCUCUACAUGAUGAUAAAUAAUCAUCCCACUGUAUUUGAAGUUGUGACAGGAAUUGGGAAGAAGCAACCAAAAGCCCCCAGCUCAAAUGGCAAAACCAAGUCGAGUUCUAAGAAACCCAAUUCUAACAGCAAGCCAGCAAAGCAGCCUCUGCCAAAGCAGGAGCAACAGAUCAUCAAAGAAGAUGGAGGCGACAAGGAUCAAGCUUACCUGUGCGGUACAUGUGGAGGGAGGUAUUCUAAUGAAGAAUUCUGGAUUGGCUGUGACAUUUGCGAGAAGUGGUACCAUGGUGACUGUGUCCGCAUCACACCUGCGAGGGCAGACUACAUCAAGCAGUACAAAUGCCCCGCUUGCAGCAACAAGAGAAGCAGAGAGUGAGCAUGGGUCGCCGACGCCCCUGGCUGAUGUAGUUAGGAUAGUAAGCAAUUCGACUGGGGAGGGUUGGCGUUUCCUGCUGUUUCGGCAGCACCUGGGCACACCAGUGCCACCAGUCGUUUCCAUCUCACUAGUCGUAGUCGUUGUUACUCCUGGGUGUACUUUUUAGUAGGCUCUUAGCCGCAGCUGCUCUUGUAGUGCACUAGUGUUAAUGGACGCCAUUCUUAAACGUCAAAACUCUCCCCGAGUAAUGUAGUCGUUUCUGGUAAAUGGUAAUGAACUGAUGACCCAUUUCUUGCGUGCCGUUA